AAAAACAGUAGAAGAAGCCGUGCGCCGGAUGUAGCGGCGGAAUGAAAGGACAGCGUGAGCGUGCUACACAUUUCAAAAAAACACAACUGUGUACAAUAAAAGGAUCAACAAGAAACUACUGAACACAAAUAUACAUUUCUAAGGGGAUUUUAGGACCAAGUGGAAAAAUGUCUCUAGUUUGCGCAAUUUCUAAUGAGGUCCCGGAGCAUCCUUGUGUUUCCCCGGUGUCAAACCAAGUGUUUGAACGGCGGCUCAUUGAGAAGUAUAUAGCAGAAAAUGGGACGGACCCAAUGAAUGGCCAACCUCUGUCUGAAGAACAGCUAGUUGAUAUUAAAGUGUCCCAUCCCAUAAGACCCAAAGCACCAUCAGCAACAAGUAUUCCUGCUAUUCUCAAGUCACUGCAAGAUGAGUGGGAUGCUGUUAUGCUUCAUAGUUUUACCCUACGACAGCAGUUGCAGACGACCCGUCAAGAGCUCUCACACGCUCUCUAUCAACAUGAUGCAGCCUGCAGAGUUAUUGCUCGUCUUACCAAAGAGGUCACUGCUGCGAGAGAAGCUCUUGCCACUCUCAAACCCCAGGCUGGGCUGGUCACCCCUCAAGCUGUUCCUGCUUCUCAACCUGCUGCUGUUGGACUUGGUGGAGAAUCUAUGGACAUUAGUGAACAAGUGGGAAUGACUCCAGAGAUUAUUCAGAAGCUCCAAGACAAGGCUACAAUCCUCACAACAGAGCGAAAAAAGAGAGGAAAGACUGUCCCAGAGGAACUGGUUAGGGCCGAGGAUCUAGGCAAAUAUCGCCAAGUAGCCUCUCAUGCUGGUCUUCAUAGUGCUAGUGUACCUGGUAUUUUGGCUCUUGAUCUGUGUCCCUCUGACACCAGCAAAGUGCUCACAGGUGGAGCUGAUAAGAAUGUGGUCGUGUUUGAUAAGAAUGAAGAGCAGAUUGUAGCCACUCUAAAAGGUCAUACCAAGAAAGUUACAUCUGUCAUCUACCAUCCCUCCCAGUCCGUGGUGUUUUCUGCAUCUCCAGACACCACCAUCCGUGUGUGGUCUGUCACUGGUGGGAACUGCGUCCAGGUGGUACGUGCUCAUGAGGCUGGAGUCACUGGCCUCUCGCUGCACGCCACUGGGGACUACCUGCUCAGUUCCUCCGAGGAUCAGUAUUGGGCCUUCUCUGAUGUUCAAACUGGUAGAGUGCUCACCAAAGUCACAGAUGAAAGUGCUGGAUGUGCUCUCACUUGUGCCCAGUUCCAUCCUGAUGGUCUCAUUUUUGGCACUGGAACAGCCGACUCUCAAAUCAAGAUCUGGGAUCUGAAGGAGCGCACCAAUGUGGCCAACUUCCCAGGUCACUCUGGACCUGUCACAUCUAUUGCUUUCUCUGAAAAUGGAUACUACCUUGCCACAGGAGCUCAGGAUAGUUCUUUGAAACUGUGGGAUCUAAGGAAACUGAAGAAUUUCAAGACCAUCACAUUGGACAAUAACUAUGAGGUGAAGUCCUUGGUAUUCGACCAGAGUGGAACUUACCUGGCUGUUGGAGGAUCUGACAUCCGUGUGUAUAUUUGCAAACAAUGGUCCGAGGUCCUCAAUUUUACUGAGCACUCUGGGCUGGUGACUGGAGUUGCUUUUGGAGAGAACGCUCGUUUCCUCACUUCUACUGGAAUGGACAGAAGUCUCAAGUUUUACAGCAUGUAAAUGACAACAUGAGGAAGGAGCAGAGGUCAUAGGUCAUGCUUAUGUUGGAAUGGUGGGCGUAGUGAUCUUAUUUUUAGGAAACCAGAAAUUGUCACCGCUUUUUUGCUUUAGUGUAUUAGAACAAAUGCUCAGUAAUGACAAUUUGAGGCCCAUGCUUUCUGAGAUUAAAAUGGCAUGUUUGUUGGCUCUCACAAACCAAAUUAGUUCUGUACUAAAGUCAGCUGUACUGUUUGUGAUUUAUGAUGUUUUUAUUUUACUGUGAUGUUCUGUUAAAAUACAUAGAUGGGCAAACUGAAGUUUAUGACUGGGGCAUCUGUGUGAAAAUAUGUAAACCAGCUUCUUAAUAUCUAUUCAGCAUAAAUUAAAUACAUCUGUAGUGAUGUACUGAUGGGCGUCCAGUAAAAGUCCUCUCCAUCUUGCAAUUGAUUUAUUUUCUGUGUUGUAUUUUCACUUCCUUUUUAAAAAAUGUUUAUUCCAUGUGUAUAUUUUUCAUUAAUUGAUAUUUUACCUAUGUCACCUGCCCUUUUACAAUAAAAUAAAAUAUGUUUUGUAAUGCAAGUA